AAUAACAGUUGUUUUCCUCGCCUACAUCCGAGUAGGAACUUUUCAUUUAUCUACGGACUUCAAUGUAAAGUUAACAAUUCUUUUAAAUAAAUAUUCGAUAUCUACGGAUAUAUCUUUUUAUUAAUAAAAUAAAUAAGUGUUUUAUUUCACCCGUCACAUUUUUGGCGAUCCUGCCAGGAUAGCUUGAUACGAUCGCGAUCAAAAAUCGGCUAUCCUUGUGAGAACCUUGUGAAUUUAAAUUUUUGUGAAAAAUAUUGUGACGAAUUAUUACGGUGAUAUUUUCACUGGGAAUUACCGGAAAACACGGACUCGGGCCGAAUUAAGUAAGUUCGACAGUGAUUCCGUGGGUAUUCAAGUCCCAGGAAAGGUGAGACGCCACCCAACCAAGUUGGCAACGGGGGAGUGUAUUUCUUACGAGUGACACGACGCCACGCAACUAAGCUAGCAACGAGAGAGAGAGAGAGUACCUUACGAGUGACACAUCUCCAGGCUGACCGUACAACACGACUUUCAACAAUCAACGAGGAACAUGAAGAUUAUAUUAUGGGUCACAAUCUUAUUUUGCGUCCGAGCAGAUAUACACCUCAAGGACCUCGAUGGAACUACAAUAUUUGCAGAAAACUUGGGUGUAACUAAACUAUACCACGAAACCUGGAAAUUGAUCCUAAAAAUUGAUACCACUAAUUUUGAGUUAAGAUUCUCGCAGCUUUCAGAUAUUUAUAAUCAGGCCUCAAAUUUAUGCAAUAAAUGUCCGCAAAAAUACGAAUUAAAUAUUGUCAAAAAUAGACUUAAUAGAUUGCAAACUUCAAAACAAUUGUUACAUCACAUACUAGGGCAAUCCCGUUAUCGUAGAGGUUUUUUUAAUUUUAUAGGGUCUAUCUCCAAAACACUUUUUGGGACAUUAGAUGAUCAAGAUCUACAAAUAAUCAAUAGUGAACUAGACGCGGUAUACAAGGAUAAUAACGUAAUGGUUCAAUCUCUUGGGAACCAAACAAGAAUAAUAAGAACUUUACUUAAUAGUGCAUCUCACGACCUUAAGAACCUAAAUGAACAUUCUCAAAACCGCACACUACAAUUGAACCAAAUUAUAAACUCCACUAAUCAAAAUAACAAACAAAUCCUCAUUACUAAUUUAAUCUCCACCGCGGAAAUUACAAUAGCAGAAUAUAGCGAAGAUUUAAACUUAAUGAUCGAUGCUAUAAAUGACGGAAAGCAUGGUAUUGUGCACCCUCAAAUUUUAACACCCGCAAUAUUAAUACAAGAAUUGCGACACAUCGAAGAAUCCAGUAACCAUAAAUAUCCUAUAAAAUUAAUUGGAGAUAAUUACCAACAUAUCGUAGAUAUAUCAGAAAUAACAAUCGGAAUUAUCAACAAAAAUUUAGUCUACAUAGUAAAAGUUCCUGUUCUAGAAUACGAAGAUUUACAAACUUUUCACCUAAUUCCAAUUCCUAUUCCCCAUGGAAAUAGUUUCAUAGCACCCAUCCCUUCUCACGAGGUUGUCUUAACAAAUAUAGAGAAAAAUAUGUACGUUCCUUCGGAUAUUGAAACUAUAAAACUAUGUAAAGAAAUCGACGAUCUACGUAUUUGUAAACGAAAUCAACCGACUUAUCUUAUUAGUGAGACUAAUUCAUGCGAGACUAGUAUAAUUCGUCGUCAAAAUAAACAUGUUACGGAUCAAAUAUGUCAAUUCUCUGCUUUUAGAAUUCUGGAAUUAGUUUUUAUUCCGUUGAGAGACCCAAACCAAUACAUAUUGGUUCCGGAGAUGCCUUUUGAACUGAGUGUAUGGUGUGGAACUCACACACAGACUAUUAAACUUAAUUCCGCAAGUUUACUUUUUAGCGAUAAUGACUGCACCAUCCAAACACCUAAGUCUAUUUUAAAAUUGAGAAAAUCGAAGGUAAGAACUAGCGAUAUUUUCUUUAGGAAAAAUGUGACUUAUAAGUUAAAUGCCGACGACAUUAGUUUAUUAAGUAACCAGUUACCUUUGAUCCAAGAGUCGUUACGUCACGAAAAUUUUAAGGAGUUACGACAAAGCCUAAAUGUGAUGGAAACUUCCUUACAAUCUAUUAAAUCGAAUAGACGUACGAAAACUUGGAUAGAAACAAGUACUGAUAUACUAACCUAUUUAGGUUACAUAUCUUUAGGAGUAAUUAGUCUUUAUAGUUUAUAUAAAAUUGGAUUUUUUGAUUGGCUUAGACAAAUGAUACCUAAAAACUUAUGUAUAAAAUUGUUUUGUAUUUCUACUACUGUGACAGCGACCCCUACUGUAAAUUAUACACCGGUAGCAACAGCGCCUGUUGAUCCAUCUAAUGCAAUAUUAUAUAAUAGAAACAUUGACGACGAUAUAAUAGUAUUACCGAAAAGAGUUAGAGUACGACCUUAGAGGACUAAGCUCAUUCUAACCUGGGGAGUGUAACGCAUUUUCCAAACUAGUUUUAGUUUCUCUUUUCCGCCCCCUAUUUUCAAGGACAACAUUCCUUGGACCAUCGGUUACCCCAAGGAAUGGUCCAGAGACAAAUAACAGUUGUUUUCCUCGCCUACAUCCGAGUAGGA